ACGAUCACUGCUGUCCACCACGAAAACCAGGACCUUACAUCCCUCCAGGCACACACAGCAGGUAUCUUCUUGUCUCCAAACCCCAUCCCCUGCUCUUACAAAGGAGAGUUGCCAUGGUGGAUGUGAGUAAGUGGCCUCUCUUCACCCUCUUGAGUGCACAGGAGCUCGCCUCCAUACGACAUGCAUGCAUCUUCGGAACAUCUGCGAAUGAGGCUAUCUAUAUCACCCACGAUGACGAAGUGUACGUGUUGGGUUUGAACUGCAGUAAUUGCCUGGGCACUGGAGACAGUCAGAGCACAAUUGUUCCUAAAAAGCUGGACUGUCUGACUGGGAAGAAGCUGGUUAGUUUGAGCUAUGGCAGUGGCCCUCAUGUUCUGCUCGCUACAGAAGAGGGGGAGUUGUAUGUAUGGGGGCAUAAUGGAUACAGUCAGUUGGGCAAUGGGACGACCAAUCAAGGUGUGUCUCCUGUUUUGGUGUCUACUAACCUGCAGAACAAGAGAGUGACUGAAGUUGCCUGUGGUUCUCACCACUCUUUGGCUCUAACCCAUGAGGGUGAGGUGUUUGCGUGGGGCUACAACAACUGUGGUCAGGUGGGUUCAGGGUCCACCGCCAACCAGCCCACACCCCGCAAGGUGUCCAACUGUCUGCAGAGCAAAGUGAUGGUCAGUAUAGCCUGUGGACAGACUUCAUCCAUGGCUGUGGCGGAUAAUGGCGAGGUUUAUGGCUGGGGUUACAAUGGUAACGGCCAGCUAGGGUUAGGCAACAAUGGGAACCAGCUGACACCGUGCCGUUUGAUUGCGCUACAAGGCUUCUGUGUGGUGCAGAUUGCAUCAGGUUACGCUCAUUCUCUAGCACUGACCGAUGAGGGGCUACUGUAUGCAUGGGGGGCCAACACUUACGGCCAGCUGGGCACCGGCAACAAGAGCAACCAGCUCAGCCCUGUACAGGUCAUGGCUGAGAAAGAAAGGGUAAGAGAGUUAGAGGCUUUAGUGGACCACAGACUGAUUCAGCUGUGUUUCUCACAUGGAGAGCAUGAUGACUUCCUGACCGUGGCCCAGUCCCUUAAAAAAGAGUUUGACAACCCUGAGACCUCUGACCUCAAAUUCAGUGUCGACGGGAAGUAUAUCCAUGUCCAUAAAGCUGUUCUCAAAAUCAGGUGA